CCUGCUAUUCACGAUACCAGCAAGGCCCCGCGUGGCACAGAUUGUAGGCUUGUAGCGGUUUUCUUUCUCUAGACUCUAGUUGCAUAUACUGCAGAGACUGCGGUCGCUGUCCUGAGUAGAGUACAGGGAAAGCGCAGGAAAUGAUUAGGAAAGCCAUGAGGACGCCAUUUUUUCCACAAAGCCCACCGCGGUCUUCCUUCUUUAUUUACCCUCGGUUUCAAAUGGCAGGAGGAUGCUUCUAACCUGCUUCCCCUCCCUCUCACCCCUAUAUCUUCUCGCUCCUGCCACCGGCUUGCUGGUUUACCUGCCUUCUUCUCUCUCCUCUCGACACUGUUCACGUGGUGUAGCUACCUGCGAGAGACUAGAGCUGCAUGGAAGGGCUGACGAGCGAGCAGGACGCAUCACCUUGGAAGAACUGGCUGCAGUGACUCGCUCCCUCGACCUUGAUCCGAGUGAUCAGGAGCUCAACGAUAUGAUGAACGAGGUCGACACGGAUGGCAAUGGGAUCAUAGAUUUUCAGGAGUUCUUUAGCCUCAUUGCCAGGAAGACGAAGGAUGGCGAUGGCGAUGAAGAACUCAAGGAAGCUUUUGAGGUCCUUGAUAAGGACCAUAAUGGUUUUAUCUCCCCUACUGAGCUGAGGAUGGUGAUGAUCAAUCUUGGGGAGAUGAUGACCGAUGAGGAGGUCGAGCAGAUGAUCAAGGAAGCGGAUACCGAUGGCGAUGGGCAGGUGAACUAUGAUGAGUUUGUGCUUAUGAUGGAAAAUGCUGAACGGAAGAUAUCUGGGUGAAGGGAUCUAUGUUUGUGAAGCCAUUAGUCCGCAGAUUGGAUGCUUCUGUUUCUACUGUAAAUCCACCAAUUGUGUCACUAGUAUUAUGAUUGUGCGUCAAAUGUUAUAUUUCGGUGUUUGUAGCACGUAGUUUGUAGUUUGUAAGGUUGUGAUAUUGCUUUGAAACCGUUGUUAGGUUGUGAUUUCUUUCAGAACUAGACUGUAAACUAUGUAAUAUCUGUUAGAAUUGCAUAAAUAUUUAGAAAUUCAUGUAUACAUGUUGGUUUGUUCUUGAAGUUA